AAAUGACUGUAAAGCAAACUGGGAGCUAAACACCAAGAGAGUGGCUUCACCGGAAGAUCCAAAAUACAGGAAACUAAACUAGCUAUGAAACCCAAAGACCUUUUCCAGCUGACCCCUUUCUCUUACUCUUAGAUUCUUCAUGGUCUCAUAAGUAGUACUACUACUCUGUAUAUAUAGACCUAGCCUCCUUAUGUUGAAUCAGUACUACUCCUCGUCGUCGUCGUCGAUGAACUCAGUCAUGAGUAGCUCAUCGGCGACAUGGGAAGAGAAGGCUUUCGCUGAAGACGCGGCCGGUUCGCUUGGCGGCGGUGGUUGCAUAUGGCCGCCUAGGUCUUAUUCUUGCAGUUUUUGUAUGAGGGAGUUCAGGUCGGCUCAAGCUCUUGGGGGUCACAUGAAUGUUCACAGAAGAGACAGAGCUAGACUCAAGCAAUGUCUUCACAACACUAGUACUGCUAAUCCUACACUAGCUACAGAUCAUCAUGUCCCUCAUCACCUUAAAAAUCAUAGCCAUAGCUUUGUUGCAUCUUGUCCUUUUUCAGCUCCUAGGGCUUUUCUCUCUCCUUGUUCUUCUUCAAAUUGUUGUUCCGCUGCUGCUGCAGCGUCUUGGUCAGAUUCGAAACCAGCUAAUCUACCGGAGAAGAAUGUCAUGGUGAUGAGGUCAUCAUCAGAAGAAGAUCAUUCUAUUGUAAGCCUGCAGGGUGGUAAUCAAGUUGGGGAUUAUGUCGAAACCGAUUUGUCAGUGGGGUUGAUUAAUACAGUUGUUAGAGGAAACAGACAAUUAGCUGGGUCUUGUGGGGAAGAGGCAAGCACUUGUAAAAGGCCUAAGAUUGCUUCUGCUAUGAACACAGCACCAUUUCCAUUCUUUCUCCAAUCUGCAGAGGUAACUGGACUUAUGGCUGCAGCUAACUCCAUGGAAGAUUUGGAUCUUGAGCUCAGGCUUGGUGACCCAACUCCCAAGGUCAAAUGACCCAACUACAACUUCUGGGCAUGCACUAAUUGAAUGGCUGAUCGAUCUUCAUAUUCCUCUUAUUUGGAAGAAGAGAGAAUUUAAUCAGUUUAGUUUUGCUGCUUAAUUUAAUUUAGUUUUCCCACUCUUUCUUGGUUAACCUUUGAAACAAAAUCAAACAUGCCAACUUAGUGGAGGUAUCAUGAUCAUGUGCACAUAAUUGUACUCGAAGUUAAUCGAUUAAUGCACUUUUAA